AAUCCGAAUAUUUAGCAUUGUGUAGAAAUCAUAAAUCUUUUAUUACCCGCGAAUUAAGAAUUAAGAUUAAAAAAAAAAAAAAAAAAGGAAACUGAGCCCAGUUUCAACCCACUACAUCACUCGCUGCUGUCAGUUUUCAAGAGCUGAUUUUUUUCCUUUUAUUUUUUAAUUUUUUUUUGUGCCUUCGAAAUUGGCGAAUUUCCAUUAACAUUUCCUUCCCUUUUCACGCCUGAACUGAAAGUUACAGUAGAUGGGUUCUCUGACACUGUGCUAGAAUACAUAUAUAUAUACUCAACGGCUAUAUUUAAUGGGUUUCAUUGGUCGUUGCUGCUUUGAUUAGACUUUCGUUUGUUUAGUUAUAUUUUGCGGGCUUUUUGUUUUCUUCUUUGAAUUGCAGAGAGAAGGGAGUGAGUUGGGGGAAAAAAUGGACUACAAUUGCAAUGAGAUGUGGGAUUGGCAAGGUGAUGAUUGCAGUCUUGAAGAUAAUACGAGCAUAGAAAUACUGACCGGUUUGAGCCAAAACGAAGAGCAGCUCCCUUGUUCUUUUGAUGAUGAAACUACACCGGUCAAGGCUUGUGGAGAUUUAGCUCACCAUGUAACCAACAACGAAGUUACGGGGAAAGAGUUAGAAGAAAAUAGGGAGCAUCCCUAUCAAGUAAAAAGGCGUAGGAUGCUACAGUUUGAGUCUGAAGUCCUCGAUUCUCCUCCUUUCCAUGAGGAGAUGUUUCUGAGAUCUAAGGAGACGCAAGAUUCACUCGAAGAUGCUAUCACUGAUAUGUCGGAGUGGGUUAACGGAUUUGCAGGCCCAGCUGAACCCAGCAGUGUGUAUCUGGAAGAAGGGUGGAUUGCGGAGUGCUUCAACGAUGACGAGAUGCAUUUCAACGCUGAGGAUACCAGUAGUGCUCCCGAAGCAUCUGAUGUUCAGGUCGACAACGGAGAGGAUUCCAACACUGCUCCCGAAUACGAUGCUAAUGCAAUCGAGAAACAUCCAGUUCAUUCCCCAGGAAACGUAGUUUUCAAAGGUAGGAAGUCAUACAUGCGCACACCUCCUAAGCUAGCCUCGUCCGUUGUCUAUCCAUUCACCUUCAUCAAACCAUGUGGUGUGCACGGAGACGUGACCUUGAAGGACAUAAACAAGCGGAUACAUACUCCGCCCAAAUCAAAGCAAAACGAGCAAGACCCUUCCGUUCCUUACCCCACCUCAGCGUUUUCCGGGAAGCCCGUUGUCGGGAAGACCAAGAUCCGCACAGAAGGCGGAGAAGGCAGCAUUACAAUUCUUCGGACCCGAGGGUAAGAUGCCUUUACUGACUGCGUGCUCGUUUAUCUUCGUCUCUCUUACUCGUAUGAAGCUGCAAGAGUUGCUAACUUUAUGGUUAAUAUUGCUCUUAGGGUUACAUUAAUAUGUUGUUGUACUCCCAAGAUUUUCUUGGCAGAGCUGUGUUGUUUGCAUAUUUUCUGUAUGCUUUGGAAAUUACUUGAGGAUUUUGAGCUUCAA